AUGGAUCUUGUUCCAAGUGGGUGCGAGAUGGUCGCACAUCUUGUUCCAAGUGGGAGCAACAUUGAUCCAAACGGGAAUAAUGAUGAAUCACAAAUAAGACGUGGUUCUCAUAAGAAGAUUCCCCGCCGACGAUUUUAUGUUGAAGGUGGCGAACUAUUUAUGAUGCUCCUACAAGAAGAAAACGAUCCUAAAAAUAAACUAGUUGACCUCUUUGAAGGACGCAAAGCAAUUGGGAGCAAAUGGGUUCUCAAAAUUAAGCUCAAGGCUGAUGGCACAGUUGAGAGAUAUAAGGCUCGAUUGGUGGUGAAAGGGUAUACACAGCAGAAAGGAAUAGACAAUGAAGAGACUUUCUCGCCUCAUGUACGAUUUACCUCAGUUCGCUUGGUUCUAGAUAUUGUUGCAAGCUUGGAUCUUGAAUUACAUUAG